GUGCGCUGAUUGGCUGCCAGGAUAGAACGUGCCUAGAGCCUGGGUUAGCCUGCUGGUGAAAAGAGAGGUUGAGCCUGCAGUCAGCUGAAGCAGGAGGAGCUGCAGUAUCUCUGGAGCUGGAGCAGCGAGGUUUGGUCCUGAGGUUUAUUUAACUAUGCAUCUCUUCGGCAUACUUUUUGUAACUGUUGCGUUAACAGUAGUGUACAGUGUAAGCGUCCAUGAUGAUACAAUCACAGAGUUCUCCAUCAAGCUCUAUCAUGAUCUUCGAGCAACAAAAGAAGAUGAAAACAUAUUUUUCUCUCCUCUGAGCAUUGCACUUGCUGUUGGAAUGGUGGAACUGGGAGCUCAUGGAUCCAGCCUGAAAGAAAUUCGACAUGCCCUGGGAUAUGACAAGCUUAAAAAUGGUGAAGAAUUUACUCUGUUGAAAGAUCUUUCCAGCAUGAUCACAGCCCAGGAAAGACAUUAUGUACUCAGCAUCGCAAACUCUCUGUAUUUACAAGAUGGAUUUCAUAUCAGUGACAAGUUUAUUCAGUUAAUGAAAAAAUACUUCAAGGCAGAAGUAGAAAAUGUAGACUUUAAACAAGCUUCAACGGUGGCAAAUCACAUCAAUACGUGGGUGGAAAAUCACACUAAUAACCGUAUACACGAUCUGUUCUCCUCUGAAGAUUUUACCGAAUUGACAAGACUGGUUCUGGUCAAUGCAAUCUACUUUAAGGGUAACUGGAAAUCCCAAUUUAGACCUGAAAACACCAGAACAUUUUCGUUUACCAAAGAUGACGAAAGUGAGGUACAAGUUCCUAUGAUGUAUCAAAAGGGAGAAUUUUACUAUGGGGAGUUCACUGAUGGUUCUAAUGAGGCAGGAGGAGUUUAUCAAGUCUUGGAAAUCCCAUAUGAAGGAGAUGAAAUCAGUCUUAUGCUCAUGCUGUCCAGGCAAGAGGUACCACUGGCCACCCUGGAGCCUUUGGUCAAAACGUCUCUGAUAGAAGAAUGGGCUAAUUCUGUGAAAAAGCAAAAAGUGGAAGUUUUCUUGCCAAGAUUCAAAGUGGAAGAAGUAGUUAAUCUAAAGGACACCUUGCAGCGGCUUGGUAUCAAGGAGAUAUUCAGUGAUCAAGCUGACCUCUCUGCAAUAUCUGAAGACCAAGAACUUUAUGUUGGGAAAGCGGUUCACAAAGCGUACCUUGAGGUUAAUGAAGAAGGUUCUGAAGCUGCUGCUGCCACAGGAAUGAUUGCCAAUAGUAGAAUGGCUGUGCUGUAUCCUCAGGUUAUCAUUGAUCAUCCAUUCUUCUUCCUCAUUAGAUAUCGAAAAACUGGCUCCAUCUUGUUCAUGGGAAGAGUUAUGCACCCUGAUCCCCUAAAUUCUAUUGGCCAUGACUUCGAAGAGCUCUAAACCUUAUCACACACACAAAUCAAAAAAGCACAUAGUUCACUAAUACACUUGAUGUUUUGUGCAGAUGUUUUUUCCCAUUGCCGUUUAGAAUUCUUCCAGGAUUGUGUGUUUUAAACGGUUAAGUCACACAGGCACUAUACCCAAAGUAUUCUCUUUCUAUUGCUAUGUUUUGUGAUUCUUGUGAAGGCUGCCAAAUAAAGUUGUAUACGUGUGAAGAUAUAUUUACAUAACAUAUAUUUUUGUUAUAUAGUGUGUUGUUGUGAGAUUGUCCUGUAAAUGUCUAAAAUUUAAACCCAUUGAGAGGUUCCAAACUGUUCUUCAUGGUGUUGUGCAAUAAAACUUGGUGUUUCGAAAGUA